AUGGCAAUGACAGCAAUGCCGCCAGACGGGGCGAUGACGCCGGCGAUGGCCUUGGACCACGUCCCUCUCUUCAUCGUCCAGUGCUUACGCUCGCAUCAUGAUGUCACCGCCUUUCUGCGCGCGCUUCCAGCAAACUCGCUCUCGGUACCUCUGGCUGCGCUCCUGGAGCUCUUGUCAAAGUCGAGGACGGUCAGGGCGCGCUGGCCGGAAAUCCUUCCCGAAUUCCUCGGCCCGAAGAGAUCGAAGCUUGCCCUCACCGCGCUGCCGGCGCUGCCAUCCAUCUAUGUCUACGAUACUAUCUACUGGUACGAUAGUAGCCUGCAGUCCACCGCCCGCGCGCGUCAAUGGCUUGCGAAUGUCAUGCACCUCGGCAAGACGAUCGAUAGCAGCACGCUCGACGCCUUUACAAGUCAUGUCGCGCAGUACAAGCGACUUGAGAGCCUGUCUGUGCACGUCGACACUCUUGGCGAUCUGGCUACGUCACUACCGCCCCGCCUCCGCCAUCUCAUGCUUGUCGGCGACGACAUCAGCGACGACGACUAUGACGACUUUGACGACGACGACGCGGAAGGCGAGGACGGCAGUGCGUACGCGGGCUCUGAAGGCGACGUCGACUCGGACCUCGCGACCGCCUUGCACCGCUGGCUCGACAAUGGAAGAAGCCACAAUAACUUGACUGUCGACGGCCUAUUGUCAAAGGUCCAUGCGGCAGCUGUCGCCGGCUCGAGCUCGUGA